AUGAUUUCAGAGCCUCUGACCAGCAAGGGUAUACAGUUCUACUUUGAGGACAGUGGAGUACCCUCAGCGGAAACAUACACCACCCUGGUCAUCAUUCAUGGGACUAGCUACCACAGCUCAAUAUUCCACAAGCUGGUACCCCUGGGGGUAGAGCGCAAGCUCCGCAUCGUUCUGUUGAACAGGCGGGACUACCCCGGCAGCACCUUCACCACGCCCGAGGAGAUCGCCAAGAUCCAGAGUGCCCGCGAUGAGGAUCAAGCACAGAUCCUGCGAGAGCUGGGGCUCGAGCUCGCAGCCUUCCUCGCCUGGUAUAUCCGCCAAGCCAGUAUUCCGCCCCUAGGUGAAGAGGGUGCUCCAGGCGGGCUGACGGUAUUGGGCUGGUCUUCUGCCAACGCCACUGGCCUUUCGGCAAUAGCGAACCUCGACCUUGCGCCUGACGAAGACAAGGAGCUCUUCCGCACCUAUCUGCGGGCGUACAUCAGCUACGAUGCACCGAUGUAUGUCUACGGUUAUCCCGUCCUCACUGAUGUCUACCACCCGCUGCGGGAUCCGUCGAUCGAGGACUUCCAAGAACGCAUCAAGCGGUUCAAUGUCUGGGUUAGCUCGUACUACCAGCACCCCGACCUCACGUCGCGCAGCUUUCAGGGCCUCUCCCAGCGUCCCCCGGAGGACCCGCCAUCUGACAAGCGGCCGACGUUCUAUCGAUUCACACCGAGCGAGCUAGAGGCGGUCACAUUCCCCGACGCGCUCACGCGCGGUGAAGGCGGGCUGCGAUUCAUGAGCCCGGCAGUGUACAAAGAGAACGCGCGCAAGAUAUGGUACGACGAGGGGCUUGCGAGUAUGUUCCCUCGGUUGAAGGUGAAGCUCAUUUACUGCAAGGAGAGCAUGGUUGAGAUGGUAUGGGCUGCGUGGAAGAUGGAAGAUGAUGUGCGUGGGUAUGUUGAGAAGGGAGGGAAAGGUCGAGGGCUGGAGGUACAAGCGAUGGACGGUAACCAUUUCGCACACUGGGACCGCCCGGCGGAGACAAUGGAGUUCUUCGCGAUGCUGCUGUAGUUCAGAUCUGCUACGUACCCCGCAUUUGCGGGGUACAUAGUAACAAACGGUUCAUCAUUCCCACAGACGCCGACAUUAUCAGAGUUAUGUCGAGAAGAGCUUCAUCUAACAUUCAGUAGUCCAAAUUACAGUAUCCUUAUCCGAUGAUCUGUAGGCGCACGUAGAAGAGAAGAAGGCUGGCAUAAGGGUGCAUAGGUUCUCCGCAGUCCAAGGGUAUCUUCCAUCCUUGAUACAAAAUUCCAUAGUAAUACAAUUGGCUCCGGGGUAUCCAUAGCUACAGGAUGAUGGAAGAACAUGACCAACGAGCAGUACUUGAGUGCAUCAGGUGGACUAACCAAGUCGGAACAUUAAGCCCUAUCGGCCAUGGCUCUUCGCCUCCUAUAGACCUCCUCCUCGGCAUGAUCCCAUAUGCCUGAGCCACCCCUCGUAGCACUCUCCCACUGCCGCACGGUUGAUAGUGGCGCUUUCUCAGCCACUAACCUUACAUCCCCUUCCGUAGACAUCGCGAUCCUAUUCAGCUCCUUCACCUCAUCCUCAUGCGCGGCGUUUCCGAAACCGGCAAUCUGGAUAAGCAGCAGUUGCAAGCCCAGGGUAUCAAGAAGGCCCCGCAUGUCGGACACGACGGCUGCGGCGCCGGUCGUUCCCCGCCUGUAAACGAUCGCGAGGUGCGAUAAUGAUUGCAGCUGCCUGAGUCGAUUGAAUUGCUCAGGGUCGAGGUGGUUUCCUGUAAUGUGAAUGCGCAAGUGGGUCACGGAGGCGCCGAUAAGAGCGGGAUCCCAUCCGUCACGGCAUGACAGGCCAAGGAGAUGCUGCUCGCGGGGUUCAAUGGACUUGACGGUAUUUGCGC